AUGCCGCCUCCAUUCCCAUCCUCUCGGGGUCGUAUGACUGCGAACCCGCAAAGGCCACAACGCUACCGACCGGGAAAACCAAUUGUUGAAGAACAAUCUUCUGAGGAAGAAGAUGACGACGAAGAUGAAGUUAAUAAUGAAGAAGAACAGCGAAGAGAACGUGAGAGGUUACGGCGGGAACAACGGAGAGCCCCUCCGCCGAAAGCGACAUCCUUCCCGGCCGGCUCCACAUCGAAAAUCACAAGCGGAGUGCAGGGUGUGAAAUUAGAUGGGGAAAGCGAGGACGAAGCAGGCUUCGUCACCGAAGAGGAAGAGGAAGAGGGAGAUGUGAAAAAGGUGCCAGGACGUCAAGCGCAUACAGCGGGCGAUCAAGUCAGUGGAAGUGAGGAAGAGGAAAGUGAAGAAAGCUCCGAAGUGGAAGAGGAAUCAAGCUCGGAAGACGAGACUCCGAAGCGACUAUUGCUUCGACCUACUUUUAUCAAGAAGAGUCAACGGAAGGAAUCUUUGACUCCGGCUGCCGCCUCUGCAGAUCCAGGUGUAGAAGACGCAGCUGAAAGCGCUCUAAGAAAGGAGAAAGCGGACCUUUUAAUUCGGGACCAACUAGUGAAAGAGGCAGCAGAGCGGGCCGCGGGGAAGAAAUCGUGGGACGAUGAUGAGAACGUUGAGGGUGAAAACGAAGAGCAAAUAGACGAUACUGAUGGGCUUGACCCGGCUGCUGAAUUUGCCGCAUGGAAACUUCGAGAGCUGAAACGUGUCAAGCGCGAACGAGAAGCCAUCGAGCAGGCGGAGAAAGAGCGCGAGGAGAUCGAGCGUCGUCGAAACCUCACCACGGAAGAGCGAGAACGCGAGGACCGCGAGUUCCUUACGCAACAAAAAGAAGAACGCGAAGCCGGAAGGGGGAAAGCUGGAUUUAUGCAACGAUAUUUCCAUAAGGGUGUAUUUUAUCACGAUGACAUGGAAGCCAAGGGGCUGGAUCGUCGCGAUCUAAUGGGAAGCCGAUAUAUGGAUGAGACGAAGAAUCGUGAAACUUUGCCACAAUAUCUACAGGUCAGAGAUGUGACCAAGAUUGGUCGAAAGGGUAGGACGAAGUAUCGAGAUCUCAAGACGGAGGAUACGGGGCGCUGGGGGGUAGAUGGAUAUAAUCGCUCCGUGGCAUCGAACAACGCCUCAAGAUUCGGGAUAGCUGAUGACAGAUUCCUGCCUGACCAGCGUGAUGGGGAUAGGAAUAAGCCUUUUGGUCCUACGGGAGCCAACUCCAGCGCCAUUAGAGAUCGGCCACGGGCCAGGCAACGGUCGCAGUCUGAAUCAAGAUCGAGGUCGAGGUCGAGGUCAAGAGUGCGAUCCCGACAGCGUUCGCCUUCACGAUCCAGAUCCGCUCCUCGAUCUCCACGACGUAGGGAUCGCUACCGCGACGACGACAGACACAGAAGAAAGCGAAGCCCAUCACCUUUCCAGGACAGAGACAAACGUCGUCGGAUAGGUUCACUUGCGUGA